UCAUCAGAAAUAUGUCAGUCCUGACGACACCUCGGUCGAGAUGGUUAGUAUGACGUCGAGUAUGACGUCGAGGAAUAGCCGUACGAAUUGGAAUCCCUGGAGCCGGACAUCGUACGACGUCGUCGGCGAAGCAUCGCGGAAUCAGAAAAUCGUUAGCUUGGUCAAUGAUGACGAUGAUGAUGACAUUGAAAGGAAAAUCGAAGUGGGCAGCUCGAUGACUCGAAGACGGGUUCCUCGUUGGUUUUCCCGCGCUGUUUUGAUCCUCAUAUCACUUCUUGUAGCAGCUGUACUCGUCACUAUCUCGGUGAUACCAAUGGUUCGACGUGAAACGAUAACAGCGACGACUACGACAGCGUCGAUGAUGACUAUAAACUCGACUACCACUCCGACGUCAAUUUUAACAGAUGAAAAUAAAAGCUGCUUAUUAGGCGAGUUCUGGUGCGACACCCAUGCUGAUGUGCCCGAGUGUAUUCCAGAGGAAUGGCGAUGCGAUGGAGAGUUAGAUUGUACGACUGGUCUCGAUGAAAAAUAUUGUGAAGAUGUUCCGCCUAUCACCAGCACGACUGCACAACCCCUCUCAUGCGUUGCCUGGCAACAAACUUUCAACGAAUCGUGUGAGCGGCCGAGCUCCUCGGCCCAAUGCGAGUACGUACCUCAAUGCCAAGCCGACGGUUCUCAGUGGGCUAGCAUCCAGUGUACGGUAGAUCGACAGACCUGCUGGUGUGUAGACCAGGACGAUGGAAGGACUGUACCAGGAACUUUCGCUGGAGUAGAUGUCUUAAUCGAAGGAGAGAUUCCGGAUUGUCUAUGA